AUGAACGACGACGUCGACACCAAGGACAACAUCUCCAGGCUAGAUGAGGCGCAGGUGCAUCCGGACGCGCCUGUCAAGCCGCCUAGCCCGCAGUGGGAAGGCCUUCGAAGAGUCCCGGACAAGCUUCCCGCUGUUGCGCUGCUGAUUUUGGUUGUAGAGCUCGGUGAGCGAUUCACAUAUUUCGGGCUGAGCGGACCGAUCCAGAACUACAUCAACAACCCGUAUGAUCCCGAAUCCGAUCUCCCCGGCGCUCUUGGGCGCGGCCAAGCCGUCGCGACAGCGCUGGGCAACUUCUUCAAGUUCUGGGCGUACGCGUCCACCGUCAUCGGCGCCGUCGUAGCAGACCAGUAUCUCGGAAAGUUCAAAGCCAUCCUCGCCGCCUGCGCCGUGUACGUCGUCGGCCUGGUUAUCCUCGUCGCGACCUCGACGCCGGCGUCGAUCCAGAAUGGCGCGGGCUUCGGCGGGUUGAUCGCCGCCAUGAUCACCAUUGGCCUCGGCACCGGCGGCAUCAAGGCCAACGUCACGCCCAUGUGCGCGGAGCAGUACCGCAACUCCCACGCCGUCGUGCGGACCUUAAAGUCGGGCGAGGAGGUCCUGGUCGACCCGGAGCUGACCGUCCAGAGGCUCUUCAUGUGGUUCUACUGGGUUGUUAACAUCGGCGCCCUCUCGCCGCUGAUCACCGUCAACGUCGAGGCGCACCACUCAUUCUGGCUGGCGUACCUCAUCCCGCUCAUUGCAAUCCUCAUCUCGGCCGCCGUCUUCCUCUCGGGCCAGAAGAAGUACGUCAAAGUGCCACCCGAGGGCUCGGCGAUCGUCGACGCCCUUCGCGUGGCCCGCAUCGCCAUGCGGGAGAAGGGCUUCGAGAACGCCACCCCCUCGGCGCUGCGAGAGACGGGACGCGAUGGCAACUACGCCGUCGUCGGCGAGACCUGGUAUACGGACGGAUACGUCGUGGACGUGAUGCGCGGCCUGAAGAGCUGCAAGAUGUUCCUCUUCUUCCCGCUCUACUUCGUCUGCUGGAUCCAAAUCUGGAAUAACCUCAUUUCCCAGGCGGGCGAGAUGGCCUUGCACGGCACCCCCAACGACUUGCUCCAGAACCUAGACCCCAUCGCCCUGUGCAUCUUUAUCCCCUUUCUCGAUAUGGUGGUCUACCCUCUCCUCCGCAAAUACCGCAUCGACUUCGACCCCGUCACCCGAAUCUUCACGGGAUUCCUCUUCGCCUCGGUCUCCAUGGUCUACGCCAGCGUGCUGCAGCACCGCAUCUACAACUCCCCGCCCAAGAGCAUCCACGUCUGGAUCCAGGCGCCCGCGUACAUUCUCGUGGCGCUGUCCGAGGCCUUCAUAAUCGUCACCGGGCUCGAGUUGGCCUUUACCCAGGCACCCAAGAACCUCCGAUCCGUCGUCUCCGCCCUGUUCUGGCUGACUAUCGGCGUCGCAGCCGCCAUGUGUAUCGCCCUUGCGCCCGUCUCCCAGGACCCUUACCUGGUGUGGAUGUACGGGUCCCUGGGGAUCGUCGGCUUCGUGGCCGGCUGCUCCUUUUACGCGUGCUUCUACCCGGGCCGCAGCAAGCGAAGCCCCGAGCAAGACGUCAUAAUCGAGGGUAGGACGCCCUGA